AUGACUACUAUCAUGAACAUCACAGACGUCUACAAUGGAACAACUCAUUUUUCUAAUGAUGGAAAUCUCACUGACAAUGGAGGCCUGGCUCUCCUGAACAUCCCUCCCUUUCUAAAUGCCAUCAUCAACACCUUAUCCGUCGUCUUCCUCUUCAUCACCAUGGUAUCGCUUGGCUGUACGAUGGAGGUUUCCAAAAUAAAAGCCCAUUGCCUAAAACCAAAGGGAGUUGGCAUUGCUCUGCUGGCCCAGUUCGGCAUCAUGCCUCUGACUGCUUUCUGUUUAGCUAAAGUGCUUAAGAUGAGUCCUUACAAGGCCGUGACCGUGCUCAUAUGCGGCUGCUGUCCGGGGGGGUCAUUAUCAAACAUAUUCAGUCUUGCUGUACAGGGCGACAUGAACCUCAGCAUCGUGAUGACUACUUUCUCCAGUAUUGCCGCCCUGGGUAUGAUGCCUCUGCUGCUCUUUAUUUACUGCCAAGGCUUCCCCAGUCUGAAAGACAAUGUACCCUACCUCGGCAUCAUCACUGCCCUCCUGUUGACAGUGGUGCCCUGUGCCACUGGCAUCGCCAUCAAUCACUACAAACCAAAGUACUCCCCAUUCAUCAAAAAAGGUGGUCUGAUCUUGCUGGUGGUCUGUGGCAUCACAUUGUUAUCCCUCUCUCUUUAUGUCAUCAGAGACAUUUUGUGGAUGAUAGUCACAUUUGACAUCAUAACCGCGGUUGUGCUGAUGCCCCUGAUUGGCUUCACCAUGGGAUACAUCCUGUCUGGCUUAUGUAAACAAAGUCCAAAAUUAUGCAGGACCAUCGCCAUGGAAACAGGGUGUCAAAACAUCCAGCUGUGCUUUACCAUCCUUAAGGUGUCCUUCUCACCGCAGGACAUUGGAGCUUUGAUGCUCUUUCCUCUGGUAUAUCACACAUUCCAGGUCGCUGAGGGCCUUCUGCUGUCGCUGUGCUUCAGAUGUUACCAAAGACUUAAACCUCCAGCCAAGGAGAUAAGUUUAAACAAGGACACUGUCAUUUAA